UCAUCCAGCUUCAGUUUGGAUCUUGAGGGAACAGCAUUGGGGCUGACUUCUGGGCAUCUAUCUCCCAAGAGCACUCACUUAACCCCCAAGGGAUAUACUGAAAAACUGAAGAGAAUGAAGCAGCUGAAAUUAAUGAAGAUUCUAAGCUUGACUGCAUUGAUGUAUAUUUCAGAGAAAUCUCAAGUGGGUUUUUCAAGCCAAGAACUAUCCUUGUAGAUCAAGAGCCUUCUAUAAUAGACCAUGUUUAGGAGUAGUGGGUGGGGCUCUUUAUUUGAUGCUGAUAGCUUUAUAGUUGGAGUGAAACAAUAUGCAGAUUGAUCAAGAGGGUUGGGUAAUUUUGCAAGCUGAUAUUUUACCACAGAAAAUUGAUUUCAAGAGCAAAUUAUUGAGUCAAUCAGACAAGAAGUUGAACGAGCUGAAUCUUUACAGGGGUUUCAAAUUGUACACUCUAUAGUUGGAGGUACUGGAUCUGGGCUGACUAUGUCAACACUAGAGGAUAUGAGCUGAGAAUAUAGUAAAUCUAUUAUCGAAUCAUUUACAAUGGUUCCAAGUCUCCAAGAAGCUUGUUCGGAUCCCUUUAAAAUUUACAACAUGAUGUUGGCAUUUCACUACAUAAUCGAACAUGUGAACUUGACAAUGCUUGUACAGAACUUUCAAUUACACCAAAUCUGUUUUAAGUCUCAACGUAUCAGCUGACCCUCAUUCUCUGAUAUGAAUCACUUGGUCACAUCAUGAAUGGCUGGGAUUUCAGCUGCCUCUAGGUUUGGAGGACCCCUUAAUAGUAGUUUACGGAAAUUAUGUACAAACUUGGUGCCAUUCCCCAGACUACAUUUUUUCACAGUGGCUGGGGCUCCUUUCCACCCUCGCCCAGGAGUAACUAGCAAUCUAAAGAAACCUGCGAGUUUAGACCUUAUUGAUCCUAGGAAUUUUUUGAUAGAUACCAAUUUAGGAGCUGGCCGAAUAUUUACAGGCCAUUGUUGAUUCAGAGGUGACUGGAGUCUCAGAGAGAUUAAUGAAAAUAUUUCCAAUAUAUACAAAACUAGGUUUUGAUACCCAACUCAAUGGAUUCCUAACAACAUAUCCUAUUCGGUGUGACCAGUUCCAGAUAUUAGUCAGAAGAGCUCAGCUACUUUCAUAGGAAAUUUGAGUGGAAUCAAGGAGCUGUUUAAUCAAUACAGCUUUGAGUUCAGUAAACAUUUCCGAAAGAAAAAGUUUGUUCAUAAAUAUUAUACUCAUGGCAUGGAUGAGAUGCUGUUCAUGGAAGCUGAGAGCAACUUCCUUGACUUAGCUUGUGAAUAUCAGUCUUAUACUGAUGCCACUGCUGAUGAUGAUGAAGAGUAUUUAGAUGAAUCAGACUAUUAGGUUUCUUUUAAUAUUGUUUCU